AUGGCUGGAGGAUGCCCAUCAAUGUGUGGCCUUGUCCCUUGGCUUUUGCCGAUACUACUUUUGUUGCUGCUAGUUAGUCCCUCUGCUGAAUGUCUUGAGAACACCACGGAGGAUGUCAAUUUAGGGCAGCAUGAAAAGACGAUGACGUCCCCAACAAUGCAUGGAAUCUCUUCAUUGAGUGAGACCUACCCCUCAAUGACGUCGAAGUUAUUGAAUUCUUCAAACACUACCAGCCUCUCUGCUGCCUUGUCAUCCUCGUUAAACGCCACUGUACCUAUCUCAACCAAUGCUUCUCUCUCUCUUUCGAUGUCAACAGAGGCUUCGCUAGUUAUCUCCCCUAGCAUUUCGCCAACCCCGUCGCUGGAAGAGAUUCCAGAUAAUAUGUAUACGCGAACGGAGAGUUGUGACCUCCCGAUUGUUAAUAAAUGUGCAGAGAGCUUUUGCAACUGCAUCUCACGUGGACACGUGCAGAUCGGCAAGGAGUCAGGGCAUGUUAAGAACGCAGCGUAUCGUUGCCGUCAGCCUGACAAUACAAAUUGCUACUAUCAUCUUUACUGUGCAAGAGAGCGAGUGUCAUGCUUGUGGAAUGCUGCCUUUUGGUACAAAGAUCACUAUCCAGUAACGAAUACUUUCUAUGGUUUAUCAGAUCAGAGUCAAGACGAUAGCAUGGACGAGAGAUGCAUCGGACUAGGUAACAUAUACGGUAACUUUUCUCAGAUUACACAAAAUACUAACUACUACGAUACCCUUUUUUAUAGUGAAUGUGUGGACUACGUUGAAUUUGUUUUAAGAAGCACGCGUGGGGAUAUUUGUACAACAAGUAUUGUUCCCAUGUAUGCCUGUGGAGCGUCUCUUUUUCGCCUUCCGCCCACACGACAAAUUCAUUAUACCCCACUAAGUAAAGGGACUCGGCGACUUGUUAUUUCAGUUGUGGCAAGAAUUGUGGGCAAUUUUACCCCCGUGUUUGCCCCAGUAGUGAAUAAAAAUGAUGAAAGACCUCAUCUGAGGAAAGAGAAGUUACGUGAAGCGAUGUACAAGUGUUUCCUGAACGUGUUUGGUAUUGAUGGGGUGUUCUCUAUAGAUCAUGCAGAUGAAUGUCUUGUUAUGAGGUAUGAAGUGGGCGUAGGCGAGGCUGAUCCAUGGGUAGGUGACUUUGUGACGGCAAACGCACUCAAUCUUAUGGUGCGCAACACCUCCUGGAUGGAGCCCGCGCAACAGGUGAUAAACAGCAUUACAGAUUCUUUGAAUCUUACUCCACCCAUUGUAGUGCAUUCUGCAACUUUUGAGCCUGGACAAGGUCAACCGGAGAAAAAACUAUGCGAUGCCGGUUGCGCUGUUGCACUUUCGUUAGUCUCCUUCUUGACGCUUCUUGCAUUUACUUUGUCAGGUCUUUUUUGUUGUAGACGGCCUCGGCAACUGUACACCAUAUUUGAAGGCAGCUACGAUUUCGAUGAAGAGAUGGAAAACAUGACAGGCCAAAGGGACAUUAGAGUCAAGAGAAAGUGA